GGCCCCGAACGCGCUCCCGCCGGCGCCUUCCACCGCGGAGCGGCAGCGAGAGCGCGGCCCGGCCGAGCGGGCGCAGAACGCGGAGCCCCCGACGGCGCGGCCACCCGGCCCCCGCCCCGCGCCCCCCGCGCCCCCCGCGCCCCCCGCGCCCCCCGCACCCCGCGCGCAGCCUCGGCCCCGGCGCCCCCUCCCCGCCCUCCCCGCCCCGUCCCGCGCUCACCCCGCGAUGCGGCUCGGCGUCGUCUGGGCGCUGCUGGCGGCCGCGGCCCUGGGGCUCGGGGCGCGCGGGGUGCGCGGCGCGGUGGCGCUCGCCGACUUCUACCCGUUCGGCGCGGAGCGCGGCGACGCCGUCACCCCCAAGCAGGACGACGGCGGCUCGGGGCUGCGGCCGCUCUCGGGGCCCUUCCCGUUCUUCGGCGCGCGGCACUCCGGGCUCUUCGUAAACAACAACGGGAUCAUCUCCUUCCUGAAGGAGGUUUCUCAGUUCACCCCGGUGGCCUUCCCCAUCGCCAAGGACCGCUGCGUGGUGGCGGCCUUCUGGGCAGACGUGGACAACCGGCGUGCAGGCGACGUGUACUACCGGGAAGCCACCGACCCAGCCACGCUGCGCCAAGCCACAGAGGAUGUCAGGCGCUACUUCCCUGAGCUCCCGGACUUCUCCGCCACCUGGGUUUUUGUUGCCACCUGGUACCGAGUGACCUUCUUUGGCGGCAGUUCUUCAUCCCCCGUCAACACGUUCCAGACGGUGCUCAUCACAGACGGCAGGCUCUCCUUCACCAUCUUCAACUACGAGUCCAUCACGUGGACCACAGGCACACACGCCAGCAGCGGGGGCAACGCCACCGGCCUGGGGGGCAUCGCAGCGCAGGCUGGCUUCAACGCGGGCGACGGCCAGCGCUACUUCAGUAUCCCCGGCUCGCGCACGGCGGACAUGGCCGACGUGGAGACCACCACCAACGUGGGCGUGCCCGGGCGCUGGGCGUUCAGAAUCGAUGAUGCCCAGGUGCGCGUGGGGGGCUGCGCCCAUACAACCUCCGUGUGCCUGGCCCUGCGCCCCUGCCUCAACGGCGGCAAGUGCAUUGACGACUGCGUCACGGGCAACCCCUCCUACACCUGCUCCUGCCUCUCGGGCUUCACUGGGCGGAGGUGCCACCUGGACGUGAACGAAUGCGCCUCCCAGCCCUGUCAGAACGGCGGCACCUGCGCUCACGGCAUCAACAGCUUCAGCUGCCAGUGCCCGGCCGGCUUUGGGGGACCUACCUGUGAGACAGCCCAGUCCCCCUGUGACACCAAAGAGUGUCACAAUGGUGGCCAGUGCCGGGUGGAGAGGGGCUCUGCGGUGUGCGUGUGCCAGGCUGGAUAUACCGGAGCCGCCUGCGAGACAGAUGUGGAUGACUGCAGCUCUGAGCCCUGCCUGAAUGGAGGCUCCUGUGUCGACCUCGUGGGGAAUUACACCUGCUUGUGCGCAGAGCCCUUCACGGGACCUCACUGCGAGACAGGAGACCGCCCAGUUCCUGACGCCUGCCUCUCGGCCCCUUGCCACAAUGGGGGCACCUGUGUGCACGCGGACCAGGGCUACGUGUGCGAGUGCCCCGAAGGCUUCAUGGGCCUGGACUGCAGGGAGAGAACCUCCAGUGGCUGUGAGUGCCACAACGGAGGCAGUUGCAUGGGCACCAACACCACCCUCUGCCAGUGUCCCCCGGGAUUCUUUGGGCUCCUCUGUGAAUUUGAAAUCACAGCCAUGCCCUGCAACAUGAACACACAGUGCCCAGAUGGGGGCUACUGCAUGGAGCACGGCGGGAGGUACCUGUGCGUCUGCCACACCGACCACAAUGCCAGCCACUCCCUGCCAUCACCCUGCGACUCGGACCCCUGCUUCAACGGAGGCUCCUGCGACGCCCAUGACGACUCCUACACCUGCGAGUGCCCGCGCGGGUUCCACGGGAAGCACUGCGAGAAAGCCCAGCCACACCUGUGCAGCUCAGGGCCCUGCCGGAACGGCGGCACGUGCAAGGAGGCGGGCAGUGAGUACCACUGCAGCUGCCCCUACCGCUUCACCGGGAGGCACUGUGAGAUAGGGAAGCCAGACUCGUGUGCCUCUGGCCCCUGUCACAACGGUGGCACCUGCUUCCACUACAUUGGCAAAUACAAAUGUGACUGUCCCCCAGGCUUCUCCGGGCGGCACUGUGAGAUAGGACCCUCCUGCAUUCUGGCAGCCCCCUCCCCCUGCUUCCGGAGCCCGUGUGUGAAUGGGGGCACCUGUGAGGACCGAGGCACGGACUUCUUCUGCCACUGCCAAGCUGGGUACAUGGGACGCCGGUGCCAGGCAGAGGUGGACUGCGGCCCCCCGGAGGAGGUGAAGCACGCCACGCUGCGCUUCGACGGCACGCGGCUGGGCGCCGUGGCCCUGUAUGCAUGUGACCGAGGCUACAGCCUCAGCGCCCCCAGCCGCAUCCGGGUCUGCCAGCCACAGGGUGUCUGGAGUGAGCCUCCCCAGUGCCUCGAAAUUGACGAGUGCCGGUCGCAGCCGUGCCUGCACGGAGGCUCUUGCCAGGACCGCGUCGCCGGGUACCUGUGCCUCUGCAGCGCUGGCUAUGACGGUGCCCACUGCGAGCUGGAGAGGGAUGAGUGCCGAGCUCAGCCCUGCAGAAACGGAGGCUCCUGCAGGAACCUCCCAGGGGCCUUUGUCUGCCAGUGCCCUGCAGGCUUCGCUGGAGUCCGCUGUGAGACAGAGGUGGAUGCCUGCGACUCCAGCCCCUGCCAGCACGGAGGCCGGUGUGAGAGCGGCGGCGGGGCCUACCUGUGCGUCUGCCCGGAGGGCUUCUUCGGCUACCACUGCGAGACAGUGAGUGACCCCUGCUUCUCCAGCCCCUGUGGGGGCCGCGGCUACUGCCUGGUCACCAACGGCUCCCACAGCUGCACCUGCAAAGUGGGCUACACGGGCCAGGACUGCGCCAAAGAGCUCCUCCCACCGACGGCCCUCAAGAUGGACAGGGUGGAGGAGAGUGGGGUCUCCAUCUCCUGGAACCCGCCCGACGGCCCAGCGGUCAGGCAGAUGCUGGACGGCUAUGCGGUGACGUACGUCUCCUCCGACGGCACCUACCGCCGCACGGACUUUGUGGACAGGAGCCGCUCCUCACACCAGCUCCGGGCCCUGGGGGCCGGCAAGGCCUACAACAUCUCCGUCUUCUCGGUCAAGCGUAACACCAACAACAAGAAUGACAUCAGCAGGCCUGCGCUGCUGCUGGCCCGCACGCGACCCCGCCCUGUGGACAGCUUCGAGGUCACCAAUGUGACAGCCAGCACCAUCUCGGUGCAGUGGGCCCUGCACAGGAUCCACCACGCCACAGUCAGUGGGGUCCGCGUGUCCAUCCGCCACCCUGAGGCCCUCGGGGACCAGGCCACCGACGUGGACAGGAGUGUGGACAGGUUCACCUUUGGGGCCCUGCUGCCCGGGAGGAGGUACACCAUCCAGCUGGCCACCCUCAGUGGGCUCAGAGGAGAGGAGCACCCCACGGAGAGCCUGGCCACUGCACCAGCACAUGUGUGGACCCGGCCCCUGCCUCCAGCAAACCUGACGGCCGCCCGAGUCACGGCCACCUCUGCCCACGUGGUCUGGGACGCCCCGACUCCAGGCAGCCUGCUGGAGGCUUACGUCAUCAAUGUGACCACCAGCCAGAGCGCCAAGAGCCGCUACGUCCCCAGUGGGAAGCUGGUGUCCUACACACUGCGGGACCUGCUGCCGGGGCAGCGGUACCAGCUGUCCGUGACGGCGGUGCAGAGCACGGAGCAGGGACCGCUGCACAGCGAGCCCGCGCACCUGUACAUCAUCACCUCCCCCAGCGAUGACACCGACAGGCGCUGGCACCAGGGAGGCCACCACCCUCGGGUGCUCAGGAACAGACCGCCCCCAGCACGCCUGCCGGAACUGCGCCUACUCAAUGACCACAGUGCCCCCGAGGCCCCCACCCAGCCCCCCAGGUUCUCGGAGCUUGUGGACGGCAGAGGAAGAGUGAGCACCAGGUUCGGCGGCUCCCCCAGCAAAGCAGCUGCCGUAAGACCACAGCCCACAGCCAUGGCGCCGCUCAAGAACACGGAGGAAGCCCCCAAGCAGGGGAGCCUGGCCCUCCAGCUCCUUGAACACGGCGACAGGGACAUGGAAAACGCCCCUGGGAACUGUUCAGAAAACCCCUGUCAGAAUGGAGGUACCUGUGUACCCGGCACGGACGCCCACAGCUGUGACUGCCGGCCAGGGUUCAAAGGCAGACGCUGUGAGCUGGCCUGUAUAAAGGUGUCCCGCCCCUGCACAAGGCUGUUCUCCGAGACCAAGUCCUUUCCCGUCUGGGAGGGAGGCGUCUGUCACCACGUGCAUAAACGAGUCUACAGAGUUCACCAAGACAUCUGCUUCAAAGAGAGCUGUGAAAGCACAAGCGUCAAGAAAGCCCCAAACAGGAAACAAAGUAAGAGUCAGACACUGGAGAAAUCUUAAGGAUUUAAGACGUUCUUGUUACACCCCACCAACCUCAAAAGUUUCUAAAACCCAGGAAGAUGAGGUCUCAAAACUGGAUGAGAUAGGAUACCCUGAGAGAAAAUGUCCUAGCUGGAGUCAGUCCCCUCUGUGACCAUCCUCCUCAGGCCUCUGGAAGAAGAUGGCCAGGCCUGUGCGCACCAGCCCGCCCUGAGACCCGGCUCCGGGACCAGCCAUCUAUGAGUCCUGCGAAGCAUUUCAGCGGCCUGUGCUCUCACCCGGGCUGCCGUUCCUGAAGGUGUGGUCCACGCCUCUGCGGAUCAGAUGGCAGCCACCGUUCCCCAGGAUCAGGGAGGUUGUCAGCCACACUCUGCAGUACUCAGAAACCUGUUCUUUGACUCCAAAGCCAGAGAAAGAAUUCUCCCUUUGAGGCCUAACAAAUUGAGAAGGAACCAUGAUGGACUGCUUCCAAAACAGACGGGGCAGGGGCCAAAAAGCAGAAACCAGGCGGUGCUGGAAGGAAGGCUGAGGUAGAGACGCAGCCACCCUGCUCUGCUCCUCCAGCGUGUGUCUGACGCUCGUGCAAGGUGAUGAGCCAUCGUACGGACCAGCAGAGGCAAUGUUAACAUAAGGUGGAGUUCAGACACUUUUCAUCUAUAGUGGGGCUGGCAGCCUUUCUCUGUAAAGGGUCAGACAGUAAAUAUUUUCAGCUUUGCAGACCAGAGGUCCCUGUGGCCACAGCAGCACAGACACAGCCACAGGCAUGUAAUUGAAUGGCUGUCUUCCAAUAAAAACCUACUUACAACAGGCAAUGGCCAAGUUGGCCCAUGGGCCAUAUUUGUUGAACCCUGUCCUAUGAGAUCAUCUCAGCCUUAAACAGUGGAAGCCAUCCCCUGAAUGACAAGUCACAAAGGCAUCAAAGACCCCUGAAUGUUCAUGGAAAAAAGCGAUCCAGCCCCCUACUUGGAAAGCUGAGGCACACAGCCACAAAGCAGCAAGGACUCCGCACAAGUCUCAGCACAGCAGGGACGGGCGCCUGGGCUGGCUGCACAGUAUGUAAGUCCCUUCAGUCCAUGACUCUAGAAAUGCCGUGUCAGGCUUUCAGGUAGUCAGCACGAUCUUAGACUUCCACAUCUUCACAAGCAGGAUAGUGCAUCACCUCACCACAUCUGCUUCCCGCCAUGCUUCUGGGCAGCUGUCUACCCCCUGCUGAUGUUACAACCAAAGAAGCCAGUCCCACCUCCUUGCAUGUUGAGCCUCAUGAGAGCUGACCUAGCUGGAAAGCAAGCACCCUGCCGCGUCUCCCUGCCUCUGCUCAGAACCAGCAUUCCAGCCACAAAGAGGGCCUCCUUCCUUUUGUCUUUUAAAAUCAUGUUUUUUUUAAGAGUUAGAGUAUAUUUUAGGCUUUUUAUCUUUAUUAAAAUUUCAUGUGCAUCUG